GGCCACUGCGAUGUGGCCUUUGCCUUUCACAUUCAGGAGGGUGAAUACCAGGGAGUGGCGCUGGACGACCUGAACUUCGUGGUGGUGGCUUAUACACCCGGCAUCAUGGGUGAAGGCAACUGGACGCUGGCCAACUACGUCGACGAGAGAGCAGACCAAUUUCAACGCGCCGCCAUGGGACGAAUUCUUUCUGGAGAGAUCGGGGGGCCUUCGGAGCGCUGGAUGGGACUGACCUCAAACUACCUGGGGAUUAAGUACUGUCCAAUUGACUUUACGGCUGAUGGGCACGAACGAAGCGUCAAGAUCCCGGGCAUAAUUGACUUCAAUGUGAAGGGGUUGGUGGUCGGGCGCAGGACCGAGGCAAUGACCCUGGUAAACACCGGCCAUCCAGUCAGUUCCUCGCUGGCCCUGGCGGAAGGCACAACCAGCACCUAUAACGACCACGGGAUGACCUGGGACAAUUCCGGAAAGAACGGUCACUAUUCUUCCUUUCAGUGGAAUUGGCCUUAG